AUGAACCUUGCGGGCUACCUCAUGGUCUACCUCUCCCUCGCCGGCCACGUCGCGCGGCCCCCCGUCUGGCUCAUGUGCGCCUACGUCUGCGCAGGAGCCAACUCGCAGGCGUUCGCCGGCACAGGGGCGCUCGUCACCAGCGUCCGCAACUUCUCAGAGAUCCGCGGUGCCGUGCUGGGGCUCCUCAAGGGCUACGUGGGCUUCAGCAGCGCCAUCCUUGCGCAGCUCCACCUCGCCCUCUACGGCGGCGGCGAUGCUAGGUCGCUCGUCCGCUCAUCGCCUGGCUCCCCGCCGCAGUCUCCGUUGUGUUCCUCGCCACCGUCCGCGUCAUCCCGAGGCACAGCACGCGCGGCGGCGACGUGUUCCUCUGCUUGCUCUACAUCUCCGUCGUGCUCGCGGCGUACAUCGUCGUGCAUAGGCAGCCCACCGGUGCACGGCGAGGACUACUCGAUCCCGCAGGCGCUGGUGAGCAUGAACAUGCUGAUCCUAUUCGUGGCCAUCGCCUGCGGCGCCGGUGGCACGCUGACGGCGAUCGACAACAUGGGGCAGAUCGGGCAGUCGCUGGGGUACCCUCCCGAGACCGUGGAUGCCUUCGUCUCCCUCACCAGUGUCUGA